AUGCCUCGAAGUUACCUUGUCACCGAUCUCAUGGCAACGGAUCUUCACGCUCUUUUGAGAACAAAAAAAGUCGACAAUCAAUUUGCGCAGUACUUUAUAUACCAAAUUAUGCGAGGUCUCAAAUACCUACAUUCAGCCGGUGUUAUCCAUCGCGAUCUCAAACCAAGCAACAUCCUAAUCAACGAGAAUUGUGACCUAAAAAUCUGCGAUUUUGGAUUAGCUCGCUCCCAAGAAAUACAAAUGACUGGUUAUGUCUCGACGAGAUACUACCGUGCACCAGAGAUCAUGCUCACUUGGAAACGAUACAACGAAAAAGUUGACAUCUGGAGUGUUGGGUGCAUCUUUGCCGAAAUGAUGACGGGUCGACCGCUGUUCCUGGGGAAGAAUCAUAUCGAUCAAUUCUGUGUCAUCACAGAGCUCCUGGGAAAUCCACCCGGUAACGUUAUGGCCAACAUUACAAGUGAAAAUACUUUGAAAUUUAUUAGAUCCCUCCCCGAGAGGUCUCGUAAGUCUCUGGCCACUAUCAUCCCUACUGCCUGCAGAACAGCCAUCAAUCUACUGGACACAUUCCUCCAAUUUGAUCCAGAGAAACGCUGUUCUGCCGCCGACGCACUCGAGUCUGAAUAUCUGGCUCCAUACCAUGAUCCUGAAGAUGAGCCUGUGGCACCAAAAUCUUGCGACUGGUCAUUCCUUGAAGCGGAUCUUUCCGUAAACGUCUGGAAGACGAUCAUGUAUGCGGAGGUAUUAGAUUAUCAUGAGCAAUGCGGCGGGCCGUUCCAGCUGACUGCGCAAUUUGACGGCAUGGACCUGGGUUGA